AUGACGUCGAUGCAGAAUCCCGAGAUAAUUUUAUUUCAUUAUCGAUUUUCGCCAUUUGCGAAGAGGUAUAUGUUAUCUAUUAUUUAUCCAUCUAUCUCUAUCAUCUUCCCAUCCCAUCCCAUCCCACCCCAUCCAUUCAAACCGCAUUUCCUAACCCCCCAAAGAAUAACAUGGUACCUCACUCUCCGCGGGAUCCCCUAUUCAGAAUGUCUCCAAGGCCCCACCAUGCCACGACCCGACAUCCAAGCUCUCGGAACCCAAUAUCGACGUAUUCCUAUUGUAUCGAUUGGUCGUGACAUCUACCACGACACGCGAUUGAUAUUGCGCAAGUUGGAGGAAUUGUUUCCCGAUUACCCGAAAAUCUCAGGGGCGUCUACGGAGCAGGUGGGGAUAGAGAAGUUGUUGGAGAUAUGGACUGUAGAUGGGCUGUUUGUGCGCGCGGCGCAACUGUUACCGUUGGAUUUACCGCUGUUGGGGGACAAGAAAUUUACGAGUGAUCGGGAAGAUUAUACGGGGAAGAGUUGGGAGAGGGGAAAUUUGGAAAAGGCGAGACCGGAAGCGUUGGCGGCGUUCAAGGGGGCGUUUGAGGUUUUGGAGAAUGGGCUUUUGGGGGAUGGGAGGGACUGGAUUUUGGGGAGUGAGAGGCCUACGUUGGCGGAUAUUGAAGCCGUCUGGCCUUUCCACUGGUUGAUCAACUUACCUGGUGCCUUACCCGCACACUACAUUUCCGCGCGACAAUUUCCCCAAACCUUUGCAUGGAUCUCCCGAUUCGACCAAGCCACUCGACUCGCCGCGAAGAAACUCCCCAGGCCCAAAGUUCUCUCGGGGGCAGAAGUACUUGGAAAAGUCACCGCGUCUGAUUUCGGAGAGAAAGGUGAACAUGUCGAUUCGCAGGAUCCGACGGGACUGCAAAAGGGACAGGAGGUGGAAGUUUGGCCAAUUGACACGGGGAUGAGUAGGAGAGAUCGGGGGGUUUUGGUGGGACUUUCCACAAAGGAAAUUGUGAUUGAGUCACAGACGAAGGAGGGGGUGAAGGUGAAGAUUCAUACUCCCAGGCAUGGGUUUAGGAUUCGGGGGGUGGGAGGGACGGGGUCGAGACUUUGA